GUGGCUGCAACGAGGAAGCGGAAGCAAACCGGGGAGCUCGCGGGCAAGCAAGCAGCGGGCGGCGUUUUGCAAAGGCGCCCGCCUUGCCGAGGAGUUGCACAGGGGCGGCUUGGCCGGGAUCGGUUGCCCUGCCGGUGCCGGAGGAUUCCCAUGCAUCAGGAUGACAGUCAAGCUGGGUGACCACAGCAGCGGCGUUGGAGCCCCCGAGGAAGGCCUGAGGAAGCUGGGCAAGCGAGGAGCGGCCGGCGAGGAAGAGGGGUGCCCCGAAGGAGGAGGAGGAGGAGAAAGAGGAGGAUGCGGGGCAAAGAAAAGCGAGGAGGAGGGGACCCCUCGAGGAGACACGAACGGGGGUCCCUCCUCGGGGGUCCCGGCUUCGCCCCCGGCUUCCUCCUCCUCCUCUUCGGGACCACCACCACCACCACCGGCAGCCCCCGGCCACGACCAGCAUCACUUCCUCCGGUCCAGCGUCCGGCCGCAGAGCAAGAGGCUGAGGAAGGAUCCCCAGGCGUCCUGCGUGGCGGCCGUCGGCGGGAUGGGCGGCAGCGGGGGAAGCGCGGCCCCCGCGGGAAAAGGAAAAGGUGCAGAUAAUGGUGGGACGUCAUCUGGCAACUCCUCAGGAAUCCCGUCCAACACCCCAGCUGGCAAUUCAAAAUCGAGUUCAAGGAACUUGAGCACAUCGACCGGAGAAAAGGAGGAAGGCAAGAAAGUGAGGCGUCAGUGGGAAUCCUGGAGCACGGAGGACAAGAAUACCUUCUUCGAGGGCCUCUAUGAGCACGGCAAGGACUUUGAAGCGAUUCAGAACAAUAUUGCCCUGAAGUACAAGAAGAAAAGCAAGCCAGCCAGCAUGGUGAAGAACAAGGAGCAAGUCCGGCACUUCUAUUAUCGCACUUGGCACAAGAUUUCCAAAUACAUUGACUUUGAUAAUGUGUUUUCUCAAGGGCUGAAAAAAUCCUCCCUUGAGCUUUAUGGCUUAAUUUGUUAUGGGGAGCUGAGAAAGAAGAUUGGGGGCUGUAUGGAUGACAAAAACGCAGCUAAACUCAAUGAGCUUAUCCAAGCUGGAGCCACAACGGUUCGCUACAAAGGCAGGAACCUUCGUAUCAAGGCACCCAUGUGCAGGGCUCUGAAGAAGCUCUGUGAUCCAGAUGGAAUAAGUGAUGAGGAAGAUCAGAAGCCCGUGCGUCUUCCCCUGAAGGUCCCUGUGGAGCUGCAGCCACGGAAUAACCAUGCCUGGGCCCGUGUGCAGAGUCUGGCCCAGAACCCACGACUCAGAAUGAUCGUGGAGCUUCAUCGGAAGGUAUCCAGCCUCAUUGAGUUCCUGAAACAGAAAUGGGCUCUCCACGAAGUGCGUAUCAGGAAAACACUAGUUGAGAGGCAGCUGCAAGAUUGCAGAGAUGCUGAAGCCAGCAGCAGCUGUUCCGAAGAGAAAACCACACUUCACCUCUUCCCAGGGGAGAGCUGCACGCUGACGCCCCUGCCUGGGGUUGCCCGCGUGGUACACUCCAAAGCUUUCUGCACAGUGCAUUGGCAAGAAUCGGGGCGCUGCAAGCAGAGCACGAAGGAUAUCCACCUCUUGCCCCCUGCCCAAAUCCUGGGUAUACAGAGCGGUCAGGGGACAGCCAGAGGGCAGGUGAAAUACUCACGGGGGGCAGAAAGUAAGGGCGUAGCCAAGGCCGAAACCACUGUGGAAGCAACUCGAACUCCUCAGUUGAUCCUUGAUCCCGUCGCGAACCCGGAAGAUUGCUCCUCCGAAGCUGGGCUUGCCGAAGGAGCACCCUUGGACCUUGGCGUCGCCAGCCAUCUCAACAAGCCGCCCGCUGGGCUUCAGGACCCGAGCGGGAGCCUGGAGAAGUCCACUCCGGUGACCGAGAGCAGAGAGGCGGCGCCCGCCGUUACCUCGCCCGCCUCGGUCGACACCAGCAGCGGCGCCAAGUGCAGUUGCGGCGAUCUCCUGCCGGAUUUAGAAGAACUCUCCCUGCUCGAUCCCUUUCCCCGUUACAUGAAGUCCUGCCACGAUCUGAUCGUCCCCGAGAAGUGUCUCUGCACGGAGAAGCUGGAUAGGAAAGAGGUAGUCGCCUUAGCGAGAAGCUCUCCUUCUGGGAGGGGUUUCCCUGGUGGCACGGAGACUGGCAACUGCAGUCCCACACAGCAGCUGGCGAGCGGCAGGGUGGACUUGCCCGGUGUCGGUCCAUCCACUUCUGAAACUCAGGCCUUCCGCUUCUCCGGACUUCAAGCGGAACCGUGUGUGAAGGAGCUCCCUGACGCAGUAAUGGAGGAUUCUCAGGAGAAGCUCACCGCCUCACUGCCGCCACCGCCGCCACCUCCACCGCCGCCUCCAGCUCAGGGACAGACGGCCGCGAAGCCGCUCAAGGAUGACCCCAGCCACCUCGCGCAGCAAGUGCGAGAGAAGGGAUGGAGCCUGCGGACCUCUGAAAGCCUUACCUUGGCUGAAGUCUACCUCAUGAUGGGCAAGCCGAACAAAUUGCAGCUAGAAUACGAUUGGCUGGCAGUCUUGGGGCAGGAAACUCAGGAUGCCGGGGAGCCGAUCGCCGAACCGAAAUCUGCUCCUCCGUCGGCCGCUUUUCACAAACAGAAACUCCUCAAUUGCCUCUUGAAACUCAUCUCUUCUGAAGUGAACCCCAAACCGAUCCCCGAAAUGAAUUCCGUUGCAACCUCCCCCAUCAAGCCCAUUCAAGAGGAGCAUGCUUUGACCCCUCCCGGGAAGGUUAUUGCCAUUAGCACCAGGAGCCCAGGCUGUGCUCGCAAUCAACCUGCGCUUCAUAAGAAGACCUUUUCCCCCAGUGCCACUCCCAACUCCUCAGGUUUCCGAAAUCCUUCUAAACCCCUCUUGGUGGCUAGUUCUUCAUGUUCCAGCAACCCUGAUGCCGAUGGCGGCCUCUUUGCCAUUCCCACAACCCUCCCACCAAACAGCAGGCACGGGAAGCUUUUCUUGCAAAACAAAGAAGCAGACCUGAGCUUCCGCCAGCGCUUGGACACCAUCAGUAUGCAAUCCGAUUUUUUCUUGCCAAAGCCAAGAAAACUACGCAGCAGACACCUGCGGAAGCCGCUAGUUGUACAGAGGACACUGCUUCCUAGACCUUCCGAAAAUCCUUCCCAGCAUGUUUGUUCCUUUUCCAUCUUAUCAAACUCCUCCAUAACAGGAAGGGGAUCUUUUCGGCCAAUCCAGUCGUCGCUGACUAAAGCUGCCGUAUCGCGCCCCAUUGUUCCCAAGAUCCUUCCAGCUCAAGCCACCAGCCGUCUGUCUAGUGCGAUUGAUUUGGCGGCUAAAUCAGCCGGUAUUAUCCCCGGCAGUCCGUUGCCACUUCUAGGGACCGAAGGCUUGCCAAGCGUUUCCCCACUUUCGCCAGAGGCAGUAAGCGCUGUAGUUGGAGGUCAAGACUCCACCGUGGCACGUCAGAAUGGAGGCUCCAUAGCAACAGUGGCGGGUUCAAACCAUGAAUGUCAGGUUCCUUUCCUUGGUCUACCAUCCCAGCCUGAGCAGGAAGCCAUUCCUGAUGGAUUCCAGGGAACACCGGUCCUCUCCCUGCCAGAGCUGCCUAAAACGUCUCUCCAGAAUGGUCUUUCUUCCUCUCCGCUUCCCUCUUCUGAGACCUCCAGCACCCGUCUGUCUCCUCCCAAUGUCUCUGCUCUCCUCGACAUCUCUCUUCCUGGGCCCCCCGAGGAUGUUUUGUCUCAGGGAGAACCGGCUACUCAAAUCAGUGACUCCAUCAUUGAAAUAGCCAUUAGCUCUGGCCAAUAUGGUGAGAAUGUUUCCCUGUCCCCAGCCAAGCUGAACGGCAGUGAUAAUUCCAAAAGUCUUCCGUCCCCAUCCUGCAGCCCCCAGCAGAGCUGGAUCGCUUCGCCCAGCCAUGAUCCACAGUGGUAUCCCAACGACUCCACCGACUCUUCGCUCAGCAGCUUAUUUUCCAGUUUCCUUUCUCCGGAGAAGGGCCGGAAAAUGCUGCCCACCUCAGUGGGCAAUCCAAGCAGCACCUCCUUGUUGGGACCCAGUCUGCUGGAUGGGAAUUCACGGGAUUCUUUUGUCUCUCGGUCCAUGGCUGAUGUCGCUGAGGUGGUAGAUUCCCAGUUGGCCUGCAUGAUGAACGAGAACAGCAUCGAUUACAUAUCUCGGUUCAACGACCUUGCCCAGGAGCUCUCGAUCCCGGAGCCGACCCGCCGAGAGAUUCUCUUUGACGGAGGGAGUGGCGGCCCCCCCAUUGGCGACCUCUCUCAGUGAACGCAUCCCACCAGCGGGCUGGUGGGCACCGUUUGAAUUGGCCAUAACGCGGAGGAAUGACGUCAUAGCUAUGCAGCAGAUUGGGUUUAUUUUUUAUUUUUUUUAUUUUUCGUUGUCCUGGCGGGAGCAUGCCUGAGAAGAAGAGAGAAGUUUUCUCUUCGACCUUCUACGGUUCCUGGAAAGUGCAAUAGGCUGGGAACAAGACAGUGUGGAGCAGUAUUAUAGGAAAUAACGCACGCAAGCUGGUGACCAGCAAAGUUUACAAGGCAGCUCCGGGUUUUUAAGGUCUGAGCAAGAAAAUCCCACAAACUACAUCCUUCGAUGUUGUCGGGGUAUCCACAAAUAAGCUGAAAGUUGGGGGGUGGUGUGUUUUUAUUAAAUUUUCCUUUAAAAAAAACAAAACCUUCCUCUCCUGAUCUGUCACGGUCGUCUUGUUGGCAAGUCAGUUUGAGCUGGUAUUCCUGGCGCUUUCUUGUCACAACAGCAGUUGAAUUCCACAAGGCUUUGAACAUCAUUCUUUCAUCGUUUCUUUAUAUUCGUUAACAUUCCAGCAGGACACAGGAAGGGGGGAAAAACACCCUGUUCCUGUUCCAUUUUUUAAAAAAUUAGAAUAGGGUCAGAGGAAACCUUAGGAACACACAGGACCUAUCCUGCUUCUUUUUAACCUUCUUCCCCGUGUUUUUUUUUUUUUUUAAAAAGACAGCUAUCGCCCAAGGACUUCCAUUUUUCCUAGCAUGCUGGCUGGGGGAUUCUGGGAGUUGAAGUCCACACAUCUUCAACAGAAGACUCCUCUGAUCUUUUCUAGAUACGUUCAAAGUCAAAUUCCUUUGAGAUGAGCACAAUCAUUGGUUGAUGGCCAUGGAAAUGUCCUUGUGGUCUCUUUGGCAACAUUACAAGUGGUUUCCUUUGUCUUUUUGGGGGGAUGAGGUUCUGACUUCCCAGUCUAGUCUGCAGUUCAGGGGGUUCUUGGUAGUUAUUACCCUGUUUCCCCAAAAUUGUUUCUCCUGAAAAUAAGACCCAACUGGAAAAUAAGUCCUAGCAUGAUUUUUCAGGAUGCUUGUAAUAUAAGCCCUACCCCCAAAAUAAGCCCCAGUUAAGAUUGACAGCCAGAUGGAUGCAUUUAGUACCGUAUUUCCUCCUCAAAAUAAGACCUAACCAGAAAAUAAGCCCUAAUGCCUCUUUUGGAGCAAAAAUUAAUAUAAGACCCGGUCUUAUUUUCGGAGAAACACGGUAGAUGAGAGACCUCUUAGCAAAAUCAGGCCCAUAGACUAGAGACCGGGAUGUCAGCAACACUCCCCGAAGAAGAUCAUGAUAACGCACUUCCAUUUUGUUGCCUCCCCCCAAAAAUCAUGUUUAUAUCUCUUUUAGAUAUCAGGAGUCAAGCUUGACACGUUUAUCUUUCCUUUUUUUAAAAAAAGCCCUCUUUGAUUAUUGUUUGUGCUACCGCAUUUUGGAGAACAAAUCUCUUGCACAGAUUUCCGGUUGCAGUUGGGGAAUGUUUUGAUGACGUCCUUUAGAUGAAAGAAAUGGGUCAAAUUCUCUUACUUCCUGUAGGUUUCUAAGGCAAAUAGCAGUUUGACGCAGGGGCCUCUCCCAUCUACAGUCACAAAAUGCCCUUCCUGAGGUCUGCAGAUCUUGGCUUCUGAGCCUUCAGAGCUUGAAUGGCAGGCAGCGAUCACUUAAUUUUACUUUUGCGGUCGCCAAGAACCAUCUCGUCCCUCUUCUUUACUGAUUAUUCCAGACGAUACAGUCCCCCUUAGUUGUUCACCUCCCGCAUUUCUAAACAUCAUUCCCUUCUGAAAUGCUAUUUACCUGCAAGCAGCCCCUUUUUUUUUAACAAGCCUCUCCUGUGGCUGUCUCGUUUUUCUUCAGACAUUUGACAGGCAGUAUGACUUCAGACCUGGUCCACAAGGUCUCGGUUCCUUUUUUAGCCCAAACCGAUGUCAGAGGGACCAAAAAUUGGUGCUGGAUCAGGAGAGGCGCCCUCUGUCCCUGGGAUUUAUCCCUUAAUCCUCUUUUAGCAUCGCUCCCAAGUUUCUUGCCUUUGUCUUUGCCGCAGAACUGGAUGGCCUCUCCUAGCUUCGGCGUAUUUGCGACCGAGUCCCCCUGCCCUUCGUUAAAUUAAGCUGAACAGAAAACUGCUGAGAUCAUGUAGACUUCUAACUUAAAUCAUCCGAUGUCACUGCUCCUUCAAAAGUAGUAGCCCUUUCAAGUAUUCAACCAUAAUUGAUAGCUAAAUGUACUCUUUUUUUUUUUGUUAUUUCAGGCCAAAACAUCCUAUGCAGUUCUGAUAAUCAAGGGACAUAAUCGCUAUCCACGGAGUUCUGGCAGUCAAAUAGAGAUUCCCUCCUUUUAGCAUCAUGAUAUCUGGACACCUCCAGGCGGCAUCUUGUGAUUUAGGAGGCGUUUUAGCAAUUUAGCCUAGAUCCCACCCUGCCAGAAUCCUCUUUAUUGCACCCAGGUGCGGUUUUCUUGCCAGACUCCUGUCCGAUACACUCUAUUUUUGUCCUCGGUAUCCUUCAGCUCUUUGCAGUUCUGCGUCCCGCAGAAAAAAACGUUUUUUAUUCGGCACGUUUUGUUCAAAUAAAGUAAACUCUAGGCUUCCACUGAUCAUUGUGCAGCUUGUGCUGUGGUUGAAAGCUUGUAUGUGGAUUUUUCCCUUAGCAAUUCUUUCGUCUUCACUAUUGGGCUAGUUGACAUGGAUAUUUUAAACUCAAUCUCGCAGGGCCCUUUGUUUUAUGUCUUGUCUAGAUUAUUCACCUGCCUUGCAGGUACGGUGAUGAGUGUCCCUUCUGCCAGCAGGUUUCUCCAGCCAUGAAAACAUAGGAUGUUGUAAGAACUAUUACAGCUAGACGUCAGCUCAGCAGAUUUUUUAAUAUUGUUUUGGUUGCCUGAAACAACCAGAAGUAAGUAAGCAUUCACAAAUGCAGCUUUUGUGCUCCUUUUCCCAAUACUUGACAGUAUUAAAGCAGUAUCUACAUAUCAGUUUAGUUACUUCUGAAAUUCUCUGCACGCAACCCUUGAACGUCCUUGAAAAAAAAAAUCUUGUCUCCUUUCUUGCUUCUUUAGGGGUUUUAUCCACAAAAAUAAAAAUCCUUUUUUGCGGCCUUUUAUGUCUUGCAUGUUAACAUCCGAAGUCGAGAGCGAGGAGGACAGCUCUGCAUUUAGGACUAAAAAUGAAAAGGAAAAUUCCAGUGAUCUCCACUCCAUCCGUUUUACUACAGUGCUUAUUUAUAUAAGUCAUUUUUAGUUCUUGGAAAGCCACUGGCCUUAUGGCUGCUGUCAAAGAGAGAUCCCGAUUGGAUAAGUGCAGGAGACAAUUCUAAGCUUUUACUCUGGCCUUUUGGGAUGCAGAAGAAAAUCAAAUUCAUUACGAAGAACUUCUGUGCAAUUUCUAGGGAAUUUGAAGGCAUGGCUGCUGCUUAUGCCUUUAUUUUUGGCUGGAGGGAUUGAAAGGAAUAAGAAUAACGGAGUUGGAAGGGACCUUGGAGGUCUUCUAGUCCAACCUCCUGCUUAGGCGGGAAAAGCUUGUGGGUCGCCUGGUUUUCAUUUGUGCGUUUGGUUCCCAAAAAGCUUUUGGUGUCAAAUGUUCCUUUUUCUUUUGCAAUCAGAUGGAUAAGUUGAUGCGUGUAUUUACAAAAGAGAAUGUAUGCAGUGGAUAUAAGCUUUUCUCGUAGGCCUACCAGACAGGGCACUAGGAAUCGGAAACGUUUUGCUCCUAUGUGAAGUUUUUAAGAAUGUGGCUUAGGCAUUGUAUCUGCCCAUUUUUGGAGUGCCUGGAUUGGACAGUAGUUGAUGGCCUUGCUUGUGGCAUUGCAUUGAAAUUGGCCAAAUCAUUCAAGCGUUGACUUAUAUUUUGCUUUUGAUCAGCGGGGAUAUGCAGUUCACGGGGAGUUUCCUCUACACAACGUUUCGUUGUGAACCGCCUCCUAAUUUUCACACUUCCCCCCCCACCCUUCUUUACACAAAGGUGUUCUAGACUGGCAUUAUGUAACCCUCUCUUUGAUUGUUAACUUUAUGCUUUCUUAGCCAGUUUGAUUUCAAUUAUACUCAUAAGGAUGGCUUGUCUUUGACUUGACCAGCGGUGGGGGGUUUUAUUUUAGUAUUGCAUUUGGGAUUUGGAGUUGUUUUUAAAUAAACAUAUAUAAACCCUCAGUACACGUACGCGUGUAGACGGCUGAAUUUUUAAGGAAGAAACGGCACUUUUUUUGAGUUAACCCAGCCCUUUUUAAAGCUUUCCAUGUGGACCUGUAAAUGCUAAAUAAUGAAAAUAUUUGCAAGCACUACAGCAAUGAGUUAUCACUAGUUGCCAAAAUGUGACAACUGGCUUUUGAGCUUGUGCAUUUGGCAGUGGACGAUGUUGCUGUUUCUUUUAAUAAUAGUUAAGCCAUAUCAUCUUUUUUUUUUAAAAAAGUUUUUUGUCUCGUUUUAAAAUGUGAAUUUGUUUUUCAGAUAAUAUGCAUAUAUAUAUAUAGCGUCUGUAUAAAGCAAGAAUGCCUGUCCUUAACUGAUUAUUUUUUUGUACCAUAUUGUAAAUUAUAUUAUUUAUUCUUUAUCAAUUUUUGGAGAAAAAAAAAGGAAAAAAAGGUGUUUGGGUUAUUUAAUAUAAUAUACACUUCCUCUGUUUUCAAUUUCUGAUUCGAGUUGUAAAGUUGUUUUUAUGAUUGUCCAUAAACACUUACUAAUCCUUGGUCUA